AUGUCGCGGAUGUGCGGCAGCAGAUGGGUUCUGGUCCCGCUCUUGGCACUCACCGUGCUUGGCGCUGCGAUCCCCGCGGGACACGGCAUGCCGCAGAUCAGCCCGGAAUUAGCGGAAGCCGCGAAGCGCUUACACGAGUCCUGGACCAAGGUGUAUAACCUUGGAGAAGACACCACGCGCUCCCCCUCGCCGCUCUCCUUCCCCCCGGACGUCCCUCCCGCGCCCCACCUGGAGGACUGCACUGUCAAGACAGCUCUGAGGGUGAAGGCAGAGGCGAGGGGGGCGAACGGGGAGGACCCUGAGUGGGUUCGGCCGGGCAAGUGCUGCAACUGCACGCCCCAACCGCCCUGGAUCCGCGGCUCUGACGCGGCGAAUCUCGCGCUGACACGUGUCUUCCAGCGGGACCUGUGGGAGCGGCAGUUCCCCGCCAGCUGUGCGGGGCGGCGGCUAAUGAUUACGGACUGGCCGCCCAAGCACCACGGCACCGGCAACAUGGUGCAUGUGAUGGGGUCGUUUCUGAACGCGGCUGUGCGGCACAACAGGACGCUCGUGAUUCGGCCCCGCACCUUCCACCGCGCCAGUGGGCAGGAGUGUGCAGACAUUGGACAGGAGGGCGAGUGGGAGUGCUACUUCUUCCCGGUGGCCUCCCCAGACUGCCUCAAGGUCGCGCUGGCAGCAGAGGCAGCAGCACCUAUCGCUCUUUUUAAUGACAGCAAGGAAACAGUGUUGGCAUCGGCUACUCAAGUGGUCAUUUGCAACGACACCCACUACCACCACGACGCUGCUAGAGCUGCCAGAAAUCAUCUGCAAUGGCAUGGCACUUCUCUGAAUUCUCCCUCUCAUCGGCUCUUCCCUCUUUCCGUACCCUCUCUUCCCUCUCUCCCUACCCUCUCUUCCCUCUCUCCCUACCCUCUCUUCCCUCUCUCCCUACCCUCUCUUCCCUCUCUCCCUACCCUCUCUUCCCUCUCCACACCUUUUCCAUACCCUCACUACUGCAGCCUCUGGGUGGCUCCAGACGGCAGACCCCCCGAGUUGGAUCAUCCGUUCACGAUUGAGCAGCUGGGGAGAAUCUGGGUUCCCAAUGACAACCACAUUGGGGAACGCUGGUGGAGGUCCCAAACUGCCCGGUUUCUCAUGCGCUGGCCCUCGGCUCUCCUCUGCCACAUCACCAACCGCGUGCGACACAACACCUACGGGAUGGCUGUAGCAGAGCGGGUAGUAGCCGCUACAGCCCAGCAGCAAUCCAUCCGCCACUCCACACCCCCCAACACUCCGGAAUCCCAACACUUGAACACCCUCCCUGACGCCUCUUCUGCUGUUCCCCCUUCCGUCGCAUACAAGUCGAGCCUAGCGGGGACUGUAUGGCAGAUGAAGGGGUUUGCAGGGUGUGUGGGAACGAGGUGUAAUGAGUCUGAGGCGUGUGUGGGAGCGGGGAGUGCGAAUGCGGGGGGAGGUGCGGCGGUGGAGUUUUCCUCGUUACAAGACGAACCGUUUAUAUUCCGGCCGUACGUCAGCUUGCACGUGCGGCUGAGCGACAAAUACCUCGAGAUGAAGCUACACUUCUUCGCGACUUACAUGUAUUUUAUGUACAAGUUGCGGGCGCACGUGCCGAACCUGGAGCAUGUGUGGCUCAGCACAGAGAUGCAGAGUGUGAUCGAGGAAACGUCCAACUUCCCGGAUUGGACCUUCCACUACACCACGAGCGGCCGAGUGACGAGUGCGAUGCAGAUGCAGGAGGAGCACGUGAAGGACAAGCAGCGCACGGGGGAGAUUUUCGCAAAUCUCAUCAUCACGACGCAGGCGGAUUAUUUCGUCGGCGCACUAGCGUCGAAUUGGAACCGUCUGAUCGACGAGCUGAGAUCGACCAAUGGGAGGCUGUAUUCGGGGCACGUGGCUCUGAACGAGGCCUGGACAUGA